CUGUGCUGUUUAUAUUUUUUUCCCUCCAGGAUCCUGAUACGUGGCUGUCUGGGGGAAGCCGCGGUGACCGACAGCUACUGUUGCCCUGCAGCGAGCGGAUUCCAGCCCACAGCAGCUGGGAGUCCGGAGGAACUCAGCGGAAGUCUCCCUUCAUCAAGCCGGCCUGGAUGGCAGGGACACACUGGUGCAAAGACAGCCGAAAUCACAAGCAUUACUGGUUGCAAGUGCUUUUUGGACCGUGGGACGGAUGAAAGGUGGAAGCUGUCGGAAGCCCAGCUGGGCUGUAGCUGCUCUGUUUAUCCCAGUUACCCUGCUGAUGCUGACCUCCAGAGGGGGAUCAAGCAGCCAGAAAAUGACACAAGCAGCUAUGGCUCAUGCAACAGCCACGGCUGCAGGACCAGGCCCCAGCCUGACAGAUGACCUCCCAGGCCUCCAGGCGGUAGCAGACUUCCUAGCCAGUGAACAUACUCAUGUUUGGCUCCUGUCCCUGGUGGGCUCUGUUGCUGUAGGCCUCAGUGGGGUUUUUCCUCUGCUUGUCAUUCCCAUUGAAGCUGGAGCAGACCUCAAAACAGAAGCUGGGUGCCAGAAGCUGAAGCAGCUCUUGAGCUUUGCUAUUGGUGGUCUCCUUGGUGAUGUAUUCCUUCAUCUCCUUCCUGAGGCGUGGGCGCUCUCUGGUUCUUCAGCUGGUAAACAAAACCACUACAUGACCCAGGGCUUGUGGGUAAUCAUCGGUCUGCUGGCCUUCCUACUCCUUGAGAAAAUGUUUCCAGACCAAGACAGCAUCGAGGAUCCUGCUUCAAGUUCCGAUCUGAAUUUUAACUCGGCUACGCAGUCUAAUUCAGUUCUCAAUGAAAAAGCAGUCGUAUCACUCAGAAAUGGGCACCAUGCUGAGUCAUGGAAAUCCUCCAAGCAACAGAGUCUGCAGGAAAGAUCAGAGAAAAUCAAGACAAGUGGGUACUUAAACCUACUGGCCAACUGCAUUGACAACUUCACUCAUGGACUGGCAGUCGCUGGGAGUUUCUUGGUCAGUAAAAAGGUUGGCUUUCUCACCACCCUCGCCAUCCUACUCCAUGAAAUCCCCCAUGAGGUGGGAGAUUUUGCCAUUCUGCUGAGGGCCGGGUUUGAUAGAUGGAGUGCUGCUCGCAUGCAGCUGUCCACAGCGCUCGUUGGUGUUUUGGGAGCUUGCUUCGCUCUGUGCACUCAGUCACCUAAAGGCUCCGAAAAUGUCAGCAGCUGGAUAUUGCCGUUCACUUCUGGAGGCUUCCUCUACAUAGCCUUGGUGAAUGUGGUGCCUGACCUGCUAGAGGAGUCCAGUUUAAGGCACUCCCUACUGCAGAUACUGCUCAUUUUCUGUGGCGUGGCCAUCAUGGCUCUGCUCUCGGUCAUUGUUGACUGAAUGAGGAGGAAGCGGCCCUCUUGCCUUACCAAACGCUAAAACUCAGCAGCGGAAAGAAAUCCUCUUCUUCACCAAACCCCUCAUAUUAUUCAUGAAAGCAUGAUCUUGAUCAGGUGGUUUUGAAGAAAUUUUUGAUGUCAUCUUCAUUUUACACAAAGACCAACAUCUGACAAAAGAACGGCACUUUAUGGAGGGAUGACUAAAAGGAAAGCCUUCUUGAUAUGCUGACAGGACGUUUGUGUGGACACUAAAACGUGCCGUACUUAAGUAUAAAGGGGGAAUUAAAAGGGUUUGUAUGGAUUUCUGUUACCAAAUUGUCUUUGUUGAUCAGACAAUCAUGAUGAUUUGCACAUGUAUUUACAAAGGUACACCUGCUGUACCUAUUCACUACAGUAAUAAUAGUAUAUUUUCUCAUCGGAGCAGGUAAUACUGGCCCUGUACAAGGACCUCCUUCUUUACAAUGUAUUCCAACAAUGUAUUGUUUAAAUGUCGUAUGUAUUGUUACUGUUGCGCAUCUUCUCUUUCUGAUGUAGAUGCUGCAUAUUUAUUGAAAUAUGAGAACAGAGUUUCA